AUGGGCACUUUACGAGUGGGAAAAUCAUCUGCCCCGCAUACGCUGAGGUGUGCCCUGUCGUCCCCGACAGCUUUGAUGUCCCCGGGUAUGUUGAGCCACCACCUCGCGAAGUGGCCAGCGGGAGUGACGAACAAGUGGGCGGUGCGGGGGCCAACGACAUUCCUGGUGCGAAACAACCACCACCACCACCACCACCGCUACCGCCCGGGCCAGGAAAUGUCAUCAGCGAAGAUGCGAGACCAAGCAUCAGCACUGGUGGUGCCCAUGAAGAGACGGAAUCGAGUGGUGGCACCCUUCCCUCUCCAGUGGCUUCCNGUCGUCCCCGACAGCUUUGAUGUCCCCGGGUAUGUUGAGCCACCACCUCGCGAAGUGGCCAGCGGGAGUGACGAACAAGUGGGCGGUGCGGGGGCCAACGACAUUCCUGGUUCGAAACAACCACCACCACCACCACCACCGCUACCGCUACCGCCCGGGCCAGGAAAUUUCAUCAGCGAAGAUGCGAGACCAAGCAUCAGCACUGGUGGUGCCCAUGAAGAGACGGAAUCGAGUGGUGGCACCCUUCCCUCUCCAGUGGCUUCCGCGCCGAUCCCGCCUGCCAGCGACACUGUCCAGCGGGAAACCAACGGCAACGACGCUUUUCCCCCGCCUGCCUUGCAGCCUCCCACGCCAUUAUUGGGCGGCGGCGGCGGCGACCGUGCCGACCCCCAUGGGGAAGUGGAAGGUACCGUCCUUUCUGGGCUGAAUUCCUCGCCGUCUCUUGCACCGGCUCCGGCCAAAGCUGAGAGCCACCGGCCGGAGAGCGGAAAUGGCAUUGUCCGUGAUGAGACGGGAUCGGGUCCUGGCGGUCAUGCCUCUUCAGCGGCUCCUGCACCACCUUCGCGUGCAAACGGUGCUGAGCAGCAGGAUGCCGGCGACAACGAGGCUGAAACGAACCAAGACGACGAUGGAAGCGUGGCUUCUGCUGCUGCUCGUCUCGGUGCCCUUGCGGUUCUCGCAGUGGCUGUGGCAGUGGGUGGACCUCUGUGA